AUGUCGACCUACACCCACCCCUCCGACCCCUCCACCCUCUCCCACGUCCAAUCAACCUGGGACUUUAUCCGCCCCAACUCGUCCAUCUACAACCACCUCCUCUCCGACAUCCGCCUCGUCGCCGCCACAAAGGGGCGCAUCAUCGCCCACCUAGACGUCACACCCAUCCACACCAACUCCAAAAACAUCCUCCACGGGGCAGUAAGCGGGACGCUGUGUGACUGGGCCGGGGGUAUGGCGAUUGCUGCCGAGACGGGGCUGCAAAAGACGGGCGUGAGCACGGAUAUGCAUGUUAGUUAUUGCUCGACGGCCAAGGUGGGAGAUACGUUGGAGAUUGAGGCUUGGGUGGGCAGGGCGGGGAAGAACUUGGGGUUUACAGGGUUUGAGAUUAGGAGGGGGGUGACAAAUGGAGAGGGGAAGAAGGGGGUUGUGGUGGCUAUGGGGAGUCAUACCAAGUUUCUAUUGUUUGGGCAGGGGAAGAGUGAGAUAAAAGAGGAAAAGAGGGAGGGGACGGUUGAAGGGAAUGGGUCCGAGUAG